AUGAAGACUACCUUCUACACCACUUUCGCCAAUCUGACGAAGGCCCUCGAUACGGUGAAUCCUGAUGAACUUCAGAGAUGUCCGGAGCGAUUUACUCAAAUGGUAAGGCAACACGACGGGAUGAUGGCUCGCGUCACGGACAACGAGACAAUCUCGGUGGCCAUUGGAGUGAAUCAGGGCUGCGUACUCGCCUCUGCCCUAUUCAGUCUCAUGUUCUCCGCCUUGUCAAUGGAUACCAGCCGUGAGGGACCGGCGGGGAUCGACACCAAGCCUCGAAGUGACGGAAACCUGUUUAACGUCCGUCGUCUGAAGGCAUUUUCGAAGGUGGCCGAGGACAGAGUCAAUGACCUAGUGUUCGCGGCUGACCGGGUGCUAAACACCACAACGAAAGGCGACUUGUCGCGGAGUGUGGAACUGUUCGACUUCGGCUGCUCCAACUUCUCCCUGGCCAUCAGCACGGAGAGGACAGUGGUCCUGCACCAACCGCAAACAGGUGCUGACUACACCGAACCCCCUAUCCGUGUCAGUGGGUCUUAG